AUGUUCUUGUUCAAAGGUAAUCAGCAACGUCCGACGUGUUCAAGAUGCCAGGAAGCUGGGAUCGCUUGCAUCUACUCGUCAAAACGUCGUAAGCCUGGUCCUCCGAAAGGAGUUCGUCGAAAACGACGUUCUCCCCAGACAGGGACAGACAUACCCACAGAUCCUACUCAGCUGAUGGAGGAAUUAAACUCGAGCAUCUUUCCUGGCCAUGACGUCAACUCUGCGGCUACGAAUAUUUAUUUUCCGUCAGAGAGCGGAUUUCCCGAUACAGAAACGUUUCUGGGACUAAACUUUUCUAACACGCAUUCGAUGAGGGGAACCCAGCUACUAAAUACAUCUGGCACUGAGAGUGGAUCGCACGAGUUGCCAUUUACUCCGACAGAAGAGUUGGAUUUAUUGAAUAAUUUCUUUGCCUAUUUCCAUCCAUCCGGCUUUCUCUUUCAGAAAAACAAAUUCUUGGCUAAGUAUCAUAAUGGGCUCCUGGACAGGAGUCUAAUAAACACCAUCCUAGUUAUAACUUUACUGACAUUGAGGCCACGCACCACGACUGACCAUAUUAAUCUCGAAGAUCUACUAGACAAAUUGAGGAACUCAUGCUCUUAUGCCAUUGAGACUUCCAGUGGCUUCCUGACUCUCGAUGUCUUUAGGCAAGCCUGUAUGCUUGCCUUUUUCGAUUUCCAUCAAAGACCCGGACUUCAGAGUUGGAUGAAAGUCGGGCAGCUGACGCGGCAUGCAUAUCGACAGGGGCUAAACCAAAUUGAAAAUCCCGACACAUGUGCAAUAUAUCAAUUUCCACACACAAUCGCUGAAGAUAUUGAAGAAUGGCGACGCGCGUGGUGGUUCAUUUAUACUCUGGAUUCAUAUUCGAAUAUCAUGGCUUCAACACCCUUUUUAAUUGAACUGGAUGGUGUCCAUACCGCGCUGAUAGGUCAAGAGUCUGAAAGUACCAGCGAUGAAGGCUUGGAGAAGUCAGAAAGAGCUUUUCUAGCAUCUGAACCAGAUCAAUUAUGGAAGACCAUGCAGACGAUUGUUGCCAAUGGGAAUGAGUUGAACGCCAAUAUCCAUUUAAUUACAACUACGAUCCUGCGAAUGGCUGCUAAACUAUCACUCCUACGCAAGCAAAAUCCAUCAGAAGAUUUAUUCCGCCGAAUAGAGUCUCUCAAGGGCCAUAUAUCAGCUGUGCGGCUGGCAAUGCCGUUACGUUAUAUGAAGCCCACGCGUGAUGUGAUCAUCAACGAAACAAAAGAAAGGCAUCAUGAGCGAUUGGUUUGCAUACUUCAUAUUCAUGCGGCUUUGCUUAUGCUAUCUAUUCCUCCAUAUCCGCAUAAAGAUGAGGAUGCGUGGCUUCUUGCUUGGCGGCAAACCCUCGAGCCAUGUGACGAUAUUGUAUCUGUUCUCAAAGAGUGGGACGUGUUUGCUUCGCUAGUUGUUAUUUGGCUACUUGGUAAAUACGGCUUUGAAAAUGACGUCGAGGUACGAGAGAGAAUGGGCAGAGCGAGUGACAUUCUGACACUAUUCCUGGACCACUUUGAACCAUUGUGCUGUCAGCCUAGAGUCCUCAAGAUGUGGUUUCAAAAGUUUAAGGUUCAAUACCCUGGCUCUUUUGGAUCAAAGCAGAUUUCGCAGAUAUUGCGAUCAAUUAACGUUCCAUUUCAACUGAACGCAUCGCAUCCACUCAUGCAACAAGACCAUCUAGGCGCAGGCUCUACACCACCACCUCUCAACCCUUUUGGAGAACAAAGCUUAACGUCAUUGAACUUGCUCUCACCGAGUUUUGACAUUGACGACCUUCAACUUAUAAUUUAG